AGAGGAUAUAGUCUACUCUUUUCUACAUGGUUUUGCUAGGAGCGCAAAUUUAUCCGGGAUAGCUAUACUGCCAAAAACCGGAUGCAUCCUGAAUUGAACAGUAUUGUGUUUUUAAUCAAAUGAUAUUUAACUAGCCUAAGGAAGAAUGGGACUCGUUUCCAGUAAGAACGAAUUACAGUACGAUACAUUAUGACAAUCGAGUGAGCAUUUGGUUUUCAUUGAAAUAACUCAAUACACAUUUUACCAGUAUCGCUGCGCCAAUGUACUGUAGUAUCCGCCUUUCAAACUGCUGAAGUACUUCGCUGAGAGACUGGAGCGGAUGUUUCGCACUGAGUAGGUCGCUUUGCAACUCGCACUAUCCACAGAGCGAGCCGGUGAUGAGGGCUGGUCGGGAUUGCGUUAGUAUAUUGGAAAUUCAAAACGAUUUUGGAAUAAUGGCGAAGUGAAAGUAAGGACGCCGAGGAUGCAACAUCUUCUUGGUAGAAUACACGAUGGACAAACGCCUGCCAUGAACGGUUAACCAUUCCCUCUGGUGUGGUGGUCAGAGAUGUGCAGGCUGUGAUUGAUGGGUGGCGCCCUGUGAGUGAACCUAUGGCAGUGAAACCACACAAUACAGGUUCCUUUGUGUGACUCUACCAUGGACCACAUCCUCUGUUGCCUGCUGGUCCUGGGAACCGCAGUGUUGAUGACCCACGCAUGCCCAAAGUACUGUGUGUGCCAGAACCUGUCCGAGUCCCUGGGGACCCUGUGUCCCUCCAAAGGCUUGCUCUUCGUCCCACUGGACAUCGACCGGCGCACUGUGGAACUCCGGCUGGGCGGAAACUACAUCCUCCGCAUCACCCAGCAGGACUUUGCCAACAUGACCGACCUGGUGGACCUGACGCUCAGCCGCAACACCAUCAGCUACAUCCAGCCCUUCUCCUUCAGCGACCUGGAGACCCUGCGCUCCUUACACCUGGACAACAACCGCCUCAUAGAGCUGGGUCCCGAUGAUCUCCGGGGCCUGGUCAACCUGCAGCACCUCAUCCUUAACAACAACCAGCUGGGACGCAUCUCGGACCGGGCCUUGGAAGACCUGGCACCCUCCCUAGAGGAUCUGGAUCUGUCCUACAACAACCUGAGGAGCCUGCCCUGGGACUCAGUCAAGCUGAUGGUCUCCCUCCACCAGUUGAGUCUUGACCAUAACCUCCUGGACUUCAUCCCUGAGGGGACCUUUACUGAUCUAGAGAGACUGGCUCGCUUGGAUCUCACCUCCAACCGACUGCAGAAGCUGCCCCCAGACCCCAUCUUCGCCAGGGCCCAGGAUUCAGUGAUGAUGACCACUCCCUACGCCCCCCAGCUGUCCCUUGGCAUCGGGGGGAACCCCCUGCAUUGUAACUGUGAGGUGCUGUGGCUGCGGCGGCUGGAGAGGGACGAUGAUCAGGAGACAUGCGCUUCCCCUUCCAACCUGAAGGGGCGCUACUUCUGGUAUGUGAGGGAGGAGGAGUUUGUGUGCGAGCCACCACUCAUCACUCAGCACACCCACAGGAUGCUGGUGCUGGAGGGCCAGAUGGCCAGCCUGAGGUGCGAGGCCAUUGGAGACCCCACCCCCACCAUCCACUGGAUGGCCCCCGACGACCGUGUCCUUGGCAACUCGUCCCGAACUGUUGUCUACGGCAACGGCACCCUGGAGAUUCUCAUCACCACCUCCAAGGACUACGGUACCUUCACCUGCAUCGCGGCCAACGUGGCCGGGGAGUCCACUGCCUCAGUGGAUCUGUCAAUCAUCCAGCUGCCCCACCUCAGCAACGGCACCGGUCAGGCCUCACAGCCCAAGUCCCGCCUCUCGGACAUCACCGGCACCACCAGGAUAAGCAAGGGGGUUCCAAAGACCCCCCCGGAGAAAGUGGUCACUGUGUCAGAGGUGACGGCCAUUUCAGCCUUGGUUAAGUGGACCGUCAGCAAGGCAGCGCCCAAGGUAAAGAUGUACCAGCUCCAAUACAACUGUUCCGACGAUGAAGUCCUCAUCUACAGGAUGAUCCCGGCCUCCAGCCAAGCCUUCCUGGUCACCAACCUGGUGUCGGGGACCAAGUACGACUUGUGUGUCCUGGCCGCCUGGGACGACACCGCCACCACCCUGACGGCCACCAACGUGGUGGGCUGUGCCCAGUUCUUUACCCGCGACGACUACACACAGUGCCAGUCUCUCCACAGCCAGUUUCUGGGGGGCACCAUGAUCCUGGUGGUGGGUGGCAUCAUCGUGGCGACGCUACUCGUCUUCAUCGUUAUCCUGAUGGUGCGCUACAAGGCCACCGACCAUGAGGGGGGUGGCAUCAGGGGGAGCGGCAAGCUGACCAGCGUAAGUGACACCCACUCACAGACCAAUGGGGGCCGGCUGGGACAGAACGGCGUGCCCCUUCCCCUGCCCAAACCAAAGGCCAAAGUGACCCUCCAGGAUGAGGUGGUGGAGUUUAAAUGUGGUUCCCUCCAGAGCACCUCGUCCUCAUCCUCGUCGGGGGGCUCGAUGGUCGGGGAGGGUUCCUACAGCCCCAACAGCACCCUGGCCAUUAUGUGGAGGCAGGCUGCCCCCUCUAAGCCCAGGGCAAACCUGGAUCACCUGCUGGGGGCCUUCAACUCCCUAGAGCUCCGGGGGGCCCAGGGCAGGGGAGACCUGGGGGAGCCCUCAUCCAGCAGUAGCACUCCGGUGGCGGGUGGCGAUAGGCCCCACACGGACAGGGAGCCCCUGCUGGGCCGGACAAUGGACUCGCGGCUGAGCCGGCUGCUCAUGUUGUCUCAUGACUCGAAACCAAAAAGGAGCCAGUCGUUUGACAUGGGGGACUGUAUGGAUACAGAUCAACAAACAGACCAAGCGAUGGCCUCUAGCACCUCCACUGCCACAACGCCGGUGUGCAGUUACCCGCGGCGCAUCAGCAACAUCUGGACUAAGAGGAGCCUGUCUGUGAACGGCAUGCUGCUACAGUGUGACGAGGAAGGGGAUAUGGGGGGGAGCAAGGGGACCUUUGACAGUCAAGAGUGGGUCAUGGAGAGUACUGUCUAGGAGAGAUGAGGACUUACUUUGUGUCUUCUAAGACACUGCCCCAGAGAGAUAGCAAUACGCCUCAGUUCUGAUAGACCUCCAGGCUGGAGGAGAAGUCCAUGCCUCCUCCCUCCUCGUCCUGCAUGGAAUUCAUUCAUGUUAAUCUAUUGUGGAUCCUCCAUUUUUGUGACAGAUAUGUACAAAGUUCCCCCAAGUGGGUAAGUUGGCUAACGACGCUUGGUGGAUGGAGCUGAUUCGUGGAGUGAGGUUGUUUUGUGUUUGUAUGUGUGUGUUCUCUACAUGGGGAGGGGGAAUGCACAGUAAUGGUCAACUACAAACUACAAGUAAGGCAUGCAAUGAAACCUAGGAAAUGGGAAGCAGGCCUGUUGUUCCUGAGGAGGGCCAUGGUUUCUCUGACACAAGUGUCACGGCUCCUCCUCCUCCUCCUCCUUGUCACAGGCCUGCUCAUAGCCUGUGACACAAGGAACGUGAAACAAAUCACUGUAUUUGUUGACUUGUAAAUUGGCAUAACAGUGAAAAUCCAUCUUGUUACUGUUGCUGAGAUGAUGGGCCAUGCAUGGCCCUGGACUAAUACUGCUGUAAGUGAUUAUGAAAUAUGUAAUGAAUUUAAUGUUUUUACCAUUUUUAUUUUGCUGAUCAAACACACAUUGUCUAAUAGUGUUCUUCCCCUCUGUACACGACGGGGCUCUGACUUCAAUAUUUGCAUUAUGAAAAACCUCAAUAUACUGUCAGGUCCAAAAUGAUUGGCACCCUUGAUAAAGAUGAACUAAAAAGACUACACAAAAUAAAUAAUACAAAUACUGAGCUAUAUUGUAUGCAAAAAAAGGACAUUAUAUUAUUUUGUACUAAUACAUUUGCUCAGAGGAAGAGGUGACAUCAAAAUAGAGCUCUUUAUUUACAUACACCAGUGGUGGGUUUGGUGUCGAAAAUUGAAGCAUAUGCAUAAAAGUUCCUCAUACCUAUGGUAAAAUAUGAUGAUGCAUCUUUUAUGUUAUGGGGUUAUUUUGUAUCCACUGGUCCUGUGACCCUUGUUAAGGUCAACGGCAUCAUGAACUUUACCAAAUACCAGAAGAUUGUAGCCAAAAACCUGGUUGCGUCUGCCAGGAGGCUGACACUUUGACGUAACUGGAUCGUCCAGCAAGUAAUAACCCCAAGCGCACAUCAAAAUCUACAAAGAAAUUGUUUAUUGACCACAAAAUCAACAUUUUGCAAUGGCCAUCUCAGCCUCCACUUGAACAUCAUUGAAAACCUGUGGUUUGAA